CUGUGGUUGAAAGUAUUAAGCAACAGCAUUACGGAGAGAAGACAAAUCGAAUACCCACGUGGCCAUAAUGGAAGAGGAUCCUCAAGAAAGAAAAGCCUCCGAGGAAACAAAAGGAAAAUCCAGCUUUCGCGAACGUUUUAAGAUGUUUGGAUGCACGCUUGAGAUAUUUUAUUACAAAGUUGUGUUCUUCGCUUCGUAUGGCGCUUUUGGUUGUCUAAUGACUUUCCUUCCGUUGUAUUUCAAGCAAUUGGGUUUGUCUGCUGCUCAAACAGGAAUUCUUAUCGGUGUGCGCCCUCUUUGUCAAGCCAUAGGGGCACCAUUUUGGGGAGUCCUUGCCGACAAAUACAAACGACGGAGAGCCAUUCUCCUUAUCGGAGCUACGGCUUGGCUGGCCAAGAAUAUGUUAAUUUUGGCCGUUCCUUCGAGUCACCGAGAUUGUGUUGCAAUCGCUGGAGGCACAUCCCAUCUCGUCGAGAGAGACAUUUCGGUGGAUUCUCGAGAAAAUUCCAUCGACUUAAAUAACACUUUGCCCACCGAUUUAACGCAUACAGGUACGCUAACACCAGCUGUUAGUUACAUAAUACAAGUAAACAAAGCAGAGCUGUGGAACUUGUUUUACAUACUUCUCGUUAUCGUGGUCGUUGGGGAGAUAUUCGGCUCAAUCCUUCACCCGCUUUUGGACGGCUGUACCGUGGACUACCUCGGCGACGAGAGAAAAUCCUACGGCCGCCUGCGAACAUGGGGUUCAGUAGGAAUGGUGGUAAGUAAUUUAAUCGUUGGCCUUGUAAUAAAUCACUACACCUACGAGUACUGUGGCGAAAUACAAAAACGUUACUCUAUCGCCUUCUACUUUUUCGUCGCUUUCAUGGUCCUUACAAUGAUUUUCCUCGUCUUGGUGGAAAUCGUCUAUUCCGAAGGACAAAAGGAGUUAUCCUUAACGGUGAUAAAAGAUUUAUUUGAUUCUCGUGAAAAAUUCUCAUUUUGGUUGGCAGCGAUUGCCCUUGGAAUAAGAGAUGGAUUUCAGGCGGAUUUCAAUUCGUGGUUCCUUGACGACCUCAAAGCGACUUCCUUCGAAGUUGGUUUAGCUGCAUCCUUGCACUUCGUCUUCAGCGCACUGUGCUUCUUCCUCGCAAACUACAUGCUGGAACGUUUUGGUUAUUUCAUGACAAUUGCCGGAGGAGUUGCUUCGUACAUAAUCUUGUUUAUCUGCUUUUCCUUUGCUCAAAGCCCAUGGGUCGCAAUUGUGUACUACGUUGCCAUUGGAGGAGUGUUUGCUGUGUUCUGGACUGCUUGUGUGGCUUAUAUUGGAUCCAUCGCCUCUCCUCUCGCAAUUGGAGCCGCUGCUCAAGGGAUCCUAAACGGACUCUUUGUUGGCGUUGGAAUUGGAGGGGGCACCAUCCUAGGUGGUUUGCUGGUGAGCUCAAUAGGAAUGCGUGCUGCAUAUAGGGUGUUUGCGUUUUUCCUUGCCCUGAUUUUACUGCUGUUUCUUGGUUUGCAAUGGUCAGGAAGACAAAAAAAUAGUGGAGAUCCAAUUUCAUCCUACCAACCUGUGCCUAAUCAGGCAGAUGAUCAGGAGGAAUAAAUGAGUUUUACUGCUUCCUGGUUUACUGUAGUCGAAGCGACCAGAAGAUACUUUUAAUGCAUAAUAGUUACAAGCGAGACUGAAACUAAAAUGGAUAAUCCUCCUUUAAGAAUGUGAUGAAGUUGCGCACAUUACUCUUCCUAAAUUGAGGGCCGCUACAACCUUCAGUUUCAAAAUAUUGUGUGCAUAUCGGCUAUAGAGGAAGAUAUAUAGCUCGAUACAAGUUCAUGUUGUUUCUUCGUAUUUUCAACGCAAAUGAAUAAGAACUGUUUAUCUUUUAAUCAGGAUAUUUUUUUUAGAGGUGAAUUUGCGUGCUUCAAUUUCAAGCCGUUUCCUUAGUGUCUAUACGGCCAACAGGGUUUUUAUAAUUUUGGUAUGUAUUUAACAUGUAAAAACGUAUUCUUAAAUAAAAACUGGAUUCUGACGAGUCUUCGCCCUGAAAUUGAGCUUUAAACUUCCCGCUUUGGCCACGUCCAUUGAAGGUGACCGUGAGUCGGGGCAAAAAAGAGAUUGGGUUCAGAAUGGGUCGUGACGUCAAAUCAGGAACGCGCCAAAUCCCGCCAGUGGUUCAUUUCACUGUUUUUUUCAGUAAGGUAAAGAGUUUUCGGCGACAUAAAUAUGCCCGAUAGAUGUGUUG